GCUCCACACUUGCGUAUACAAAUAUUCGCUAAUUAGACGAAUAUUUGGAAACGAAUAAUUAUGUAUGAAUGUUCACUUUUCUGUCCAUCCACACAUGUUACUUUUGACCGAAUAAUUGCAUUUUUGGUUUAAAAUACGGAAAAUAUUCGCUUUGUACCGUCGCAUGCUAUUUAAGAUGGAUGAUUAUUCAAUAGCUGCAGCUGCCUACUUUUUUAUGUGUUACUAUAAUAAUUUAAGGAAAAAGAAAAAAAAACCUAGGAAAAGAAGAUGGUGGAUGGUUUCCCUUCAUCACAGUAGAAAAAGGUAUGAUGGAAUCAACAUGCUUGCAGAUUUACAACAGGAGCAUUCUGGUCAAUUUGAAAAUUUUUGCCGGAUGUCUUCAUCAGAUUUUAACAAUUUACUUGACAGAAUUGGCCCAAGUAUCGCAAGAAGAGAUACUAAAUGGCGAAAAGCAAUUCCAGCAAAAAUUCGUUUAGCUGUGACUCUUCGGUUUUUGGCGACUGGAGAUAGCUAUCAAAGUCUUCAUUAUCUCUUCAAAAUAUCUCCCCAAGUAAUUUCUGAAAUUGUGCCGGAGGUGUGCAGUGCAAUAAUUGAAGCAUUAAAAGACAAUAUAAAGAUUCCCAAGGAAAAGCAAGAAUGGUUAGCAAUAGCUUCUAACUUUGAAACUAGAUGGCAGUUUCCCCACUGUUUAGGGGUCACGGAUGGGAAGCAUAUUGUACUUCAAUGCCCAUUUAAUACUAAUUCAGAAUAUUACAACUACAAGGGCAGCUUUAGCAUUGUUCUCAUGGCAUUGGUUGACAGCAAUUACAAUUUUAUAUAUGCAGAUGUAGGUUGCCAGCCAUAUAUUUUUUAA